AUGCACGGAAGCUGGAGCAGCGUUGUAGCAGUUGGCUUGCUCACCUUGAGCUCCAAUGCAUCGCCUCUCACGCCCUACAAGAGAGCACCAUCGUUUGACUACAGCGGUUCGAAAGUCCGCGGUGUAAACACAGGCGGCUGGUUCGUGCUUGAGCCUUGGAUCACUCCAAGUAUGUUCGAAGGCAACGGCGCUGUUGACGAAUAUACUUUGACCCAAGAGCUGGGCAAGGACGCGGCGAAGAGCAAGCUGUCGCAACAUUGGAAUUCGUGGAUCACGCAAGCCGACUUCAAUCAGAUGGCUGCCGCUGGCCUGAACCAUGUAAGAAUACCGAUUGGAUACUGGAGUGUUAUUCCUCGCGAUGGCGAGCCGUACGUGCAGGGCGCGUACCAGGUGCUCGGCCAAGCACUUGACUGGGCACAGGCAGCAGGCCUCAAAGUCAUGAUCGAUCUCCAUGGUGCGGCUGGUUCCCAGAACGGUUUUGACAACUCGGGUCGCUAUGGUAGCGUCCAAUGGACUCAGGGCGAUACCGUUGCGCACACGAUAAAGGUGCUGAACAAGAUUCGGGACGAUCAUGCCUCGCAUCCCGCCGUCUCUGCGAUCGAGCUUCUCAACGAGCCUAUGGGGCCUAACCUGGACAUGAACACUGUCAAACAAUUCUACAUGGACGGAUGGGGUAACCUCAGGGAUUCGAAAGUGGCUAUCGCUUUCCACGAAGCCUUUAUUGGCGUGACAUCCUGGAACGACUGGGGCGCCGGCAUGGCCAACCUUCUGCUUGACACGCACCACUAUGAAGUCUUCAACGUCGACCAGCUAGGUAUGAGCCCUGAUGACCACAUCAAGUCAGCGUGCGACUUCGGUGGUCAGAUGGCCUCGAACAACAAGCCUACCAUCUCCGGCGAGUGGACCGGUGGCAUCACCGACUGUGCAAAGUGGUUGAAUGGCAAGAACAAGGGUGCGCGUUACGACGGCACUUUCGAGAACGCAAACGCAAUCGGUAGCUGCGCUGGCAAGUCAUCCGGUAGUGUCGCCAAUCUUUCGUCAGACGACAAGUCAAAUAUCGGUCGCUUCAUCGAGGCUCAGCUUGAGGGUUACGAGAAGGGCGCAGGGUGGAUCUUUUGGACCUGGAAAACUGAAGGUGCCCCAGAGUGGGACAUGCAGGACUUGAUGGCCAACGGUCUCUUCCCGAAGCCAGUCAAUGACCCAUCAGCGCGAAAAUACUCUGGCAUCUGCGGUUAA